AUGGCCGACAACCUGAGCAUCUUCCUGGAUAAGGUCUUUGAUGAUUUCCAUGGCGGACUGCCAAAGGUGGAGCUGAGCGUGUCCUGCAAGGACCUGCUGGACAAAGACAUGGGCUCCAAGUCGGACCCUCUGGUCCUCCUGCAGCGCUCGGGGAAAGACGCCUGGACCGAGCUGGGCCGCACAGAACGUCUGAAGAACUCUUCCAGCCCGUCUUUCAGCCAGCGCCUCAGACUGGACUACACCUUUGAGACGGUCCAGAACAUCAAACUGGGGGUCUACGACAUCGACAACAGCUCCCCGGACCUGGGGGACGAGGACUACCUGGGAGGGGUGGAGCUCACGCUCGGACAGAUUGUAUCCAGUAAAAGUGUGACCAGACCUCUGCAGCUGAAAAAAGGGAAACCCGCUGGCAAAGGCAGCAUCACAAUCACGGCGGAGGAGAUCAAGGACAACCGAGCCAUCACUCUGGAGCUGGACGCCAAGAACCUGGACAAGAAGGACACAUUUGGAAAGUCUGAUCCUUUCCUGGAGUUCGUCAAGCAAGGAGAAGAUGGAAAAUGGCAGCUGGUCCACAGAACCGAGGUGGUGAAGAACAACCUGAGUCCCACCUGGAAGAAGUUCUCCGUUCCUCUGCAGACCUUCUGCAGCAGCGACCUGGAAAGGCCCCUCAAGGUGGAUUGUUCCGACCACGACAGCGACGGCUCGCACGAUCUCAUCGGCUCUUUCACCACCAAAGUGUCGGAGCUGCAGAAAGCAUCCGUGGCGUUUGACUGCAUCCAUCCUGAGAAACAGAAGAAGAAGAAGAACUACAAGAACUCUGGCGUGGUCUCUGUGAAGAGCUGCAAGCUGGUGACGCAGCACACCUUCCUGGACUACGUGAUGGGCGGCUGCCAGAUCAACUUCACCGUGGGAAUCGACUUCACCGGCUCCAAUGGUGACCCUCGCCAGCCCAACUCCCUGCACCACAUGAGUCCAGAUGGGCUGAACCAGUACCUGUCUGCACUGUGGUCUGUGGGCCAGGUGGUGCAGGACUAAGACACCGAUAAACUGUUCCCCGCCUUUGGGUUUGGAGCCAAACUCCCACCGGACUAUCAGGCCGCGCAUCACGAGUUUGCCCUAAACUUCAACCCCAGCAACCCUUACUGCCAAGGCAUCCAGGGGAUCGUAGAAGCCUACCGCAUGGUUCUCCCUCAGCUGCGACUUUCUGGACCAACAAACUUCUCUCCCAUCAUCAACCAUGUGGCCUCCAUCGCCUCCACUGGUGCUCAGACCAACACUGCCUCUCAAUACUUUGUCCUCCUCAUCCUCACCGACGGCGAGAUCACCGACCUGGACCAGACCCGGGACGCCAUCGUUCGGGCGUCCCGCCUGCCGCUGUCCAUGAUCAUUGUGGGGGUGGGGCCAGCGGACUUCAAGGCCAUGGAGCUCCUGGACGGCGAUGACGGCGUGCUGAGGUCCACGGUGGGCGAGGCGGUCGCCAGAGACAUUGUCCAGUUUGUCCCCUUCAGGAAGUUCAAAGACGCGCCCGUGGCCACCCUGGCCCAGUCGGUCCUCGCCGAGGUCCCCACCCAGGUGGUCUCCUACUUCAAAAUGAGAGGUCUCCAGCCCCUCAAAGCGCCCGCCAAACCCUAAAGGACGCCACAGACCGUGUCACACCUGACUGAGACUUGGACCACGCCCAAUUACACCUGCUCACCUGGCAGCCAAUCACAAGGCCAGAAGCAACUUUCCCUUUUUUUUAAUACAGAUUAUUUUAUUUUGCAUCACACAUUUUUUAGGGUACACAUCACUUCUUGAUUAUUUUUCCGCCCACAUCACUUCUAACUUGUAGGUAUUACACACUCAUGUAUAUUAUUAUACACAUGACACAUUUAUCAUUGUUAUAUACAUGUGCUGAUAUUUGAUAUUCCUACAUUACCCUGGUGACUCGUUCA